AUGGCGGACAGGAUCUGGCAAAAGGGUGGACAUCAGAUAAAUCCCCAAAUAAGAGGAGAACCAUACUACCAUCAUACGGAGCUUUUACUUGGGAGCAAUACACCACGACGUAAAUUUAGACAUAUCGUGGAUGACACAGUGCAGGGAGCAAAUGAGGCCUGGAGACGGCACCAUGGAGGUGCAUAUGAUGGGAGGCAACAGGAUAGUGCACAUUUCGCCGCUUCUAACAGUACUCGCAUCAUCUACAAUGAUACGACCGAAGUCAGUGCCCAAGAGGGCAGAGGAACGAGGAGACUCCUACGCGACUAUGACAGCUCUUGGAGAAGUUCGGGUAUUAUUGUCUUCGAUUCACUUAAGUUCUUAAUUAAGGGGAUGUGGAGUGCUACAGCAACAGUUUUUUGCUGCUGCGUGGAGAGACUGCGGGACCACCACAGACGGAGGCAACGGCAGCAGCGAGGAAAGCAACAGCAACAACACAACAGUACCAGUUGUGCUCUGCAACUCAUAACAGGCCGUCUCGUCCCAGCAGCAACCCUUUGGCCAGGUCGAAUGGGAACUGGUGGGGAAAUACUGUUGCUUUUUGGGGGCUCUUACGCCCUCGUCACUACUGCAGCUCGCGGUUUUCCUCAGUUGAGUUCGAGGAUCCUAGUUUCGGGAUUGGAGACCUCCUUCCUUGGCGUCACAGGUUUUUUCUUGCUGACGUACGUACUGAGGCCGCAGUCUGGCUCGCCAUUUCCGAUUGGUAUUCAGGAACUUUUUGCGCGCUCCGCGCAGCUUGUCUUUCCAAGCUCAGCCAACACUCAGACGAGUCCUUCGCAAUCUUCAGUGCUUAUCAUGUCUCCACUUACAGAGCUCAAGACGUCAGUUGUCAAGCCUGGGUCCGGACCAACAGUUGCGAAAGGGCAGCGUGUUACUGUCCAUGCGACAGGUUCAGUACUGGGUGCUGACGGCACCACGAAGAAGUUCUGUGGGGUACGGCGCGACUGGGUUCCCAGCAUGGGGUAUCCCGGCCAACGCUGA